CAUUGUAAUGUCAAUGAAACAGGAGAUGCUAUUCUAGAAUCUAGAGUGCUGUAUCAAUUCUCUGUUAUUGUUUCACGCUAUCAUUGGAUAGGUUAGUUACGGGCUUGUUUUCAGUGUCAUGGACCAGGAGAAAAGGUAUCGAGGGAUGUAUCUGGGUUUACACCUUCAUUUAGUUCCUUAAAUUUUGACUCUUGUGAAGUUUGCUUGUGCUUGUGCAUGUAAUCUUGGAAUCUCAUAUGUAAUCUUAAGCUACUUGAUAUUCAUUUUAUGAUUUAAUGUAUUCAUUUUGUACAUUUGGUUUAUAUCACAAUGGUAAAUAGAGAUAGAAUCUUCAUUCCAUGUAAACUUUGAUUAGCUUUACAUAAGCAAAUAACUUCACAAAUAACUUAGAGUUAAAAGGUAGUGCACUGACAGUGUAAAAUAGUUUUACACUGUCAACCAAUAGAGAAUCGUCAAUAUGCCAUGUCAUUAAAGUUUUUUUUAAAUAAAAGAAUGUUUUAAUUGGAUACAUGGUGGUGAUUGGUUGACAGUGUAAAAAUAUUUUACACUGUCAGUGCAUGACCCCUUUUCUCAAUAACUUAUGGGAUUUCUUCUUUGAAUACAUGCUCAAGAAUUAGAUGUUACAGUCGAUACCAUUUUUUUAAGCUACUUGAUAUUCAUUUUAUGAUUUAAUGUAUUCAUUUUGUACAUUUGGUUUAUAUCACAAUGGUAAAGAGAGAUAGAAUCUUCAUUCCAUGUAAACUUUGAUUAGCUUUACAUAAGCAAAUAACUUCACAAAUAACUUAUGGGAUUUCUUCUUUGAAUACAUGCUCAAGAAUUAGAUGUUACAGUCAAUACCAUUUUUUUAAGCGACUUGUUGUCGUUAAGUUAAAAACAGGUUUAGGCUCGGCUGCAGCAGGGCACUGAAGAUCUGCUUUUAUCUUUAUUUUCCUACAAAUUGAUCUUGAGUUUCAUUUGGAUUCAAGCAGGUUGUUGUUUACUGUUACAGUUUUGGUGUUUUGCCAUUAGUUGUGUUCUUUAUAGACUUAGUUGUAUCCUGUUAUUACUUAAUAGUUGUGUUCUGUUAUAUACAUUCAAAUUUUUUUGGUUUUUUAUUUUUAGUUUUUUAAAUAACAAUCAAUAUAUUUUGUAUAUAUAUAUUUUUUUGGUUAACAUAAUAAUUGAUAUGUUGAUCUUUUAGAAGUAAUUGGAAAUUUUUAUUAUAACAAUAACAUAUUCCUUGUAAGUCCCUUUGUCCCGUCUUGAGACCCUGUCAAUUUAUAAUCAGAAAGUAUGACAAUAAAACAAGUACUUGAUAAUAUCUAUCUAUGCCACAUGAACAUGAUGAUAGUAAAGCAGUUUAAUGUGGAUACUAAGUCUAAUGCAGUUUACAAACACACUAGAAUAAAAUGUGGUACUUCUUUUAUUCUACAUGUAAUAUGGAAGUCACCUAAGUUCUUCAUCCAAAUAUGUUAUUUCCAGUUCGAUGUGAGCUGUGUCAGGAUCCUUAAAUGGUAUCUACUGACGUACAAUAUGACGAUGACGGCGAUGACGAUCAAUGUAAUUUGAUUUGGAUAAUGUCAAGAAGUCAUUUGCUUAGUUAUAUUAAACUAAAGAUUAACUUUUUUCUUACAUGAACGUCAUGUGACUCGUAACCAAUCUUAAGUAUCAUGUAGAAAUUUUUUAUAUAUACUUCUCUUUUAGAUUGUUUGACCAUAAUUUGAAUAUGUAACUUCUAAUUGAUUUAGAGUUUUAAUAAGGUGAUAUGUAUAUUUCGAACGAUGAGUUGUUUUUGUUAACUUCUAGAAAAUCUCAAUACUUCAAAUUUCAAACUAUAAACUUUUCAUAUAACAAUUUAACAAAACAAUUUUUUUUCUUUAUCAAACUGAAAAAUGGAGUAUUAUCAAAUAAAAAAAAUGCAAAUUGAGUCUUACGUAACAAAAAAAAAAUCUGUAAAGUUCAAUUUUAAUUUUACACAUGAAAAUCACUUCAGAAACUAGAAGUUAAUUUUUUCAAAGUACUUAUGUAAGUGAAACUCAACUCACAUUCAAUGUAAACUCAAAAUUCAGUUAUAGUUUUUUCCUCAUCAUGUUGUGGUUCUUAGAAGCACACGUUUUUGUGUAGGCUCUUGUAGGUUGGUAUGGAAAAAACCAGUCAUGAAUGUCUUACCAGACACCACUCUUUUUUGAACGCGCAGCCUUCUACUAAAUAUUGUCUUGUGUCUUUCUUCACAACACUCAAUAUUACUAAUUUAUUAUCAUUAUUAUUAUUACCAUAAUAUUAUUCAUAUACCUACCCUCUUUCAAACAUCUAUAUAUUGAUACCAAUUUGUAACACAUUAUAUCAUCUUUUAACCCUUUAUUUCUUUCUCAGUUAAGCUUUGUUUUUUCAGCAUUUUGAUCCAUUUUCUGUCAAAGAUGGUAAGUGUUGAUGAGAUCCGUAAGGCACAACGUGCUCAAGGCCCUGCCACCGUGUUGGCAAUCGGCACUGCAAAUCCUCCCAAUUGCGUCGAUCAGAGUACAUACCCCGAUUACUACUUUCGUGUUACCAACAGCGAGGACAAGACGGAACUCAAGCAAAAAUUCAGACGCAUGUGUGAAAAAUCAAUGAUUAAGAAGCGAUAUAUGUAUUUGACAGAGGAGAUUUUGAAGGAAAAUCCGAAUGUUUGUGCUUAUAUGGCACCAUCAUUGGAUGCAAGACAAGACAUGGUGGUUGUAGAGGUACCAAAGUUGGGAAAAGAAGCAGCAACAAAGGCUAUUAAGGAAUGGGGUCAACCGAAGUCCAAGAUCACUCACCUCAUCUUUUGCACUACUAGUGGAGUGGAUAUGCCUGGUGCUGAUUAUCAGCUUACAAAACUGCUCGGGCUCCGUCCCUCGGUGAAGCGUUAUAUGAUGUACCAACAAGGGUGUUUUGCUGGUGGUACGGUUCUUCGUUUGGCGAAAGAUUUGGCUGAAAAUAAUAAAGGUGCUCGCGUGCUUGUGGUUUGCUCGGAGAUCACUGCGGUUACAUUUCGUGGUCCUAAUGAAACACAUCUUGAUAGUCUUGUGGGACAGGCCUUGUUUGGAGAUGGUGCUGCUGCUGUGAUUGUUGGUUCGGAUCCGUUACCUGAUGUUGAGAGACCUUUGUUUGAGUUGGUGUGGACGGCGCAAACAAUUCUUCCAGAUAGCGAAGGAGCUAUUGAUGGUCAUCUUCGUGAGGUCGGACUAACAUUUCAUCUUUUGAAAGAUGUUCCUGGACUCAUCUCGAAGAAUAUUGAAAAGGCGUUAGUUGAAGCCUUUAAACCUUUAGGUAUAUCUGAUUAUAACUCAAUCUUUUGGAUUGCUCACCCGGGUGGACCAGCGAUUCUUGACCAAGUCGAGGACAAGUUAGGCUUAAAGCCUGAAAAAUUGGAAGCCACUCGACAUGUGCUAAGUGAGUACGGAAACAUGUCAAGUGCGUGUGUGUUAUUCAUUUUAGAUGAAAUGAGGAAGAAGUCGAAAGAAAAUGGACUCGACACAACUGGUGAAGGGCUUGAGUGGGGCGUGUUGUUUGGUUUUGGUCCAGGACUUACCGUUGAGACCGUUGUGCUUCGCAGUGUUGCUCUUUGAGGUUGCAAAUCCUUUUAUUUUUAGUUAUUCUUAAAUAUAUAUGAUUGAAUAAAUGUAUUUUUCCCUUUGAUUUUUAAUGUUUUUUUACACCAAUAAACAAGAAUGUGUAUUAGUGUAUUACAACAAUUGCAAAAGAGCAUGAUGCUAUGGAAGGGAAGAAACUGAUUGGUUUUUUGAUUGGACCAAAUUGUCACGGAAAUUAUAAAUUCAUUAAACUUUGUUGAGUUUCUCUCUAAUAGUAAUAGAUAUUUUUUUCCAGAACUUCUGAGCCUGUUAUGAAUAGGAGAAAGCAAUUAGUGACAAAACUCAAGCAUUUAUCUCUAGCAUAGAUAACUUGCGCAA